UAGGGUACAAAAGAAAAAAGUGAAGAUGAAAUUUUGGGAGUUCUAUUUGGUUACCCUUCUGACUUUGGCUAUGGGAUCUGAAGACCUGCUGGAGAGAAACAAGAGUCUCAAAACAAAAAAGGACCUUCCUGUGAGCAAGGAAACACAUCCAGGAAUGAAACAGAAAUAUGAGCUGUUGUUUCAGGUAACCUAUCAACAUUCAGCUGAAAAAUGGAAAUUUCAGAAUUUUCUAAAGGCUCUGAAGCCUCAAUACUCCUGGCCAAAUGGAACAUUGGAAAUUAUCAGAAAGAAAGCUACUACAUAUUGUAGCAUCCUGAAUGGAACCUUAAGAUGUGCUUGUGAGGAUGGUUACCACUGGUUUCCUUACACUUGCCUGGAUCCCAGGAGAUGCCAUCUUAAAAAGACUGGGACACAUCAAAGCUGUGACUGUCAGUCAAACAAUCUUCAUGACAGCAUCAACUUCUGUGAGAGGACAAAAAUUUUUGGCACUUUUAAAAUUCUUGAGAAAUUUGAAAAAGAUCUCCUGAAUUCAUCAUCUGCACUAUACUCCAACUACACAGCGGGCAUUGGAAUCCAACUUAAGGAAGCCUACAAAUGGGUUCCGGGUUUUGAUUCUCUUCGUGUCACCCAGUUUCGGGAAGGAAGUAUUAUUGUUGGAUAUGAAAUCAUCGGUUCUAGCAGCACAUCUGAGCUUUUGGCUGCUGUUAAACAAGUCUCUGGGAAGGUGAAAUCAAACCUUAAAAAGUGCUAUAUAAUAGAAGAAAGCUCUUUCAGAGUGUUUGGAAAAGCUGAGUGUGACAGCAUCAUCUUUGGAUUUGGUUCUGAGAAUGAUGAGUAUACCCUGCCCUGCAGCGACGGCUAUGUGGGAAACAUCACUGCCAGAUGUCACUCUUCGGGAUGGCAACUGGUCAAGGAAACGUGUGUGCCCCCUCAGCUGGAGGAACUGAGGAAGAAUCUCAGUGCAACUCAAGGUAAUAUCACUGAAGCAGCUGUAUCUACUGUGAUGCAAAAACUUUCCACCAUCAUUCAAAACAGUCCGUCCACUACAGCUGGGAGCUUAGGAUCCAUGGUCUCAAUUCUGAAACAUGUUUCGUCUCUAUCAUUCUCCAGCCACAUCCAGUUCUCAGCCCCAACAACAAAGAAUUUCCUAAAUGUAGCUGACCACCUCCUUAAUUCUACAGCCAUAAGUAAUUGGACAGUGUUGCUGCAGGAAGAACAGAAUGCCAGCUCACAGCUGCUAAAGACAUUGGAAGAUAUUAGCAUUCUAGCUCCUUCCAAAAUUAUGCCUUUGAUGUUUUCAGGACAAUUCCUUAAUUGGAAUGGAACUCUAGCAACAGCAAGCCAGAAACAGGAGGGUUACAAUUAUAAGAUAGAAUUCUUUCAGGAAAACAGUUCUGUGCCUAUCAGAGGGAAAUUGUCAAUAGGCAAAGACCAAUUCCAGAAAUCUCUUCCCCAAACUAUCAUCACUAUGGCCUCGCUAACUCUGGGAAGAAUAUUACCCAGCACCUCAAAGAGUAAUUCUAUAGUCAAUGGACCAGUGAUAUCAGCCAUUAUCCCAAACUAUUCGUUAAGUGAACUUGUCCUGCUUUUUACCAAGAUAGACUCCAACUUGAGCAAGCCAUCCUGUGUGUUUUGGGAUUUCAGACAAUUGGAAUGGAAUGAAGCUGGCUGCCAACUGUGGAACGAGACUCAUGACACCGUGAUGUGUAGAUGUACCCACCUGACCUCCUUCUCCAUGCUGAUGUCUCCUUCUGUCCCUCCUACCAUCGUCCCUGUGGUGGAAUGGAUCACUUAUGUUGGUCUCGGUGUCUCCAUUGUCAGUUUGAUCCUAUGCUUGGUGAUUGAGGCUAUGUUCUGGAAGCAGGUCAAGAAAAACCAGACUUCCCACACCCGCCACAUAUGCAUGGUGAAUGUCGCCCUGUCCCUUUUGAUAGCUGACAUUUGGUUUAUCAUUGCAGCCGUUUCUAAUACUCAGAAAAAUGCCUCACAACUUUGUGUUGCUGCUGUUUUUUUCACUCACUUUUUCUACCUUUCCUUAUUCUUUUGGAUGCUGGCUUUGGGCGUCUUGAUGGUCUAUCGAAUAGUUCUGGUUUUCCAUCACAUGACUAUGCCCACCAUGAUGGCCAUUGGCUACUCCCUUGGUUAUGGUUGUCCUCUCCUUAUAACCGUCGUCACCAUUGCUGUCACACAACCAAGCAACAGCUACCAAAGCAGAGAUGUCUGCUGGCUCAACUGGUCAGAGAAUGCCAAGCCACUCUUAGCUUUUGUAGUUCCAGCCCUCACCAUUGUGUUUGUGAAUCUGAUGGUUGUGCUGGUGGUCUUACUUAAAUUACAGAGACCUAUCAUCGGAGAAAGGCUGAGCCGGGAAGACAAGGUCACUGCCAUCCGAAUGGGAAAAACAAUAAUCAUUCUAACACCUUUGCUAGGUCUCACUUGGGGAUUUGGCAUAGGAACCAUGGUUGACAGCCAAUCUCUGGCUUGGCAUGUUAUAUUUUCCCUGCUCAAUGCAUUUCAGGGAUUUUUCAUCUUAUGUUUUGGAAUGCUUUUUGAUAAUAAGGUUCGCCAACUUCUAUUUAAGAAGCUGUUUCCAAUAAGCUCAUCUUCAAUGCAGCCAAUGAAGAGUACAUCAGAUCUAGCAAUGGGACCCAAAUUCCUACAGACAUUUAACCCAUUAAACCAAAAAGGUACAUAUACACUUUCUGGUAUAGAAGAGUCGACAAGCGACAUUACACUUACUCAGUUUUUAUCAUCUGAAUGAUCCCGGGCUACACAAAAUCAAAUAAGAAUCAUUCUGUACAACUUAACAUUUGCUGCUAAAUGUCAGGAAAGAAAUUGUCCUUGGGAUUAGGUGACAUUUAUGGGAUCAUUGUUAGUCUUAUUAGAUUGUAAGGUUGGAACCAAGACAAGGGGACCACAGAUGCUCUGCCAAUGUCUCAUUUUAUCUUCAAUCAGGUGGAUAUUGUUCCUCUCUGGAAUCAUAGCUAAUUGAAAAUCAUAGCCUAAAAAAAAAGUAGAUGGCAUUGUGAUGAUAUGAUGGGGCAGAGGCUCAUAUAAUUUAGUACUUCCUUUGCCUUGUCAAUGUCUUUAAAAAUAGAGAUCCUGACUUUAAAAUUAAUCUCAUAUCACUGGGACUGGCAUUAAGGAAUGAAAAAUAGAUAAACAGAUGAGUCUGUACUUAUUUCCUCUUAGAAAACAAUUAAGUUAAAUGGCACUCCCCAUCACCCACACCCACACACCAUGAAUAUGUUAGCCCCUAUUUGAACCAAUUUCUAUAAUUGAGGGUUCAUGUAGACAGACAGCCUUUUUCUGUAAGUGCCAUAUUUUCUUUAGAACAAAGGUAACCUGGAUAGAGCAUGGAUUCAAAUGGCACAUUUUAUUUUUAUUUUUUAUAUUUUUUGCUGAGGCAAUUGGGGUUAA